AUGACGAUCCUGAGCGAACGCGGCGUAGCGUAUGCACUUCCCAUCGCCACCUCGUCCUCGAAUCCCCUCGCCCCGCCGUCAUCACGGCCUGUUCCCCACGACCCGCCAUUGGCUGCGCACCCUCUGCGACGAUCCCCAGCCGACGUUUCACGCAGCUCAAACGGGAGGACAGCGCAAAUGGCAAUAACUCAGGAGCGCGCCGUAUAUGACGCCACCCCUACGUGCAGCAUGUAUGCAGGCGCAGAGGGAAUCGUUUCGCGCGCUGCAGCCAGAUCGCACAAGGAGCAUACGAGGGCGAAUGAUCUUCGCCUCGCAAGAGCUCCCACGCAGGAGAGGGGAGAAGGGCUGGGUCGCGCGCAUUGUGCCGAUCUUUGCGCGGACUCCCCCUGCUUGAACACAACCACCGCGACUCUGUCCCGCCCCCAUCAAUCUAGUCUCACGCCCCCGCCGCAGUCGCACCGCCGCCGGCCCAUACAUGCGCAACCUCCCUUCUGCUCAACACGGCCCUCCACACGCUGUCCGAAUACAACAACAACUUUUCGCGGUGGCAUGGCGCUCGAGGAGUCUCCGAUCACGGACCACGUCCGUCUCACCAGACCUCCCGCCGCCUUUGACCCAGCGUGCUCGGUUGUGACAGGCCACGAGCAGGAGGGAGGAGACGGGUUACAUCGCGUGCGCGCCGACUUGAUGCCUGCGACCCAUGCAUCCCCAGGCAGACAUCUACCUGCUACCUCGAGGCCUUCGUCUUAUAUACCAGACUAG